CUUCGCGACCGAAUUUUGAAAGUGAUACAUCUCGUCUUACUACUACACUCAUUCCUGUUCCUAUCAUUUCGAGCGACCAACUGUCGCGAAUCGCAAGUCUACUGUUGUCAAGAGUUCUUCGCAAUCAGGUCAGGUUCGGAGAUCAAGAAGCGUAUGUGCAGUCAUUGGUUGCCCGGAAAAAUAUCAACAGUGUAGAUACAUAGUUACACAACCCAUCGCAACAUGCCAUACUCCCACCAUACCCAUUCGGGCCAAUUUUGCGGUCAUGCAAAGGAUAGUCUAGAGGAUGUGGUUCAGGCAGCUAUUGCAAAAGGCUUCCAUACCUUUGCGCUGACGGAGCAUAUCCCCAGACCGUACGAGGACUUCUACCCUGAGGAAGCCGACUCUCACACCGAAGAGACCCUUGCCAAGCUGUUCGACGACUUCAUCAUUGAAGCGCAUCGGAUGAGGAAUGUAUACUCCACCAAGAUCCAGAUCUUGAUCGGCUUCGAGUCCGAAUACAUUCGACCGUCUACUUUGCAGCUCGUUCAGGACAUCCUCCGCAAGUAUACGUUCGAUUUCUUCAUGGGCUCUGUCCAUCAUAUGCACACAAUACCCAUCGACUUUGACCGUACAAUGUACGAACAAGCUCGAGAUAAGUCAGGUGGGGCGGAUGAGACGCUGUUCGAGGACUACUUCGAUUCGCAAUACGAGAUGCUACAAGCGCUCAGACCACCCAUCGUUGGACACUUUGACCUUAUCCGCCUUUUGAGUGAUCAUCGCGACGCCGAGUUCAAAGAUAUGUCCGGCGUGUGGCAAAGGAUAUCGCGCAAUCUGCAAUACGUUGCCUCUUACGGCGGUCUCCUAGAGCUCAAUUCGUCGGGUCUGCGGAAAGGCUUGGCUGAGCCGUAUCCAUGUCUGCCCAUCUGUCAGAUGUUCUUGAAAUUGAACGGUGGCUUUGUUAUGUCUGACGACAGUCAUGGGAUUGAUCAGAUAGGUACCAACUAUACGCGCUUAUUGGCCUUCAUACAAAAAGCAGGAAUCGAAAAGAUGCAUUAUGCUGACCCGGGUGGGAUACGGAAGGACAGCCGGUUCCCCAGCGUAGGUUUUUCCGCUAUCUCCGUAACCGAUCUGGCGCAGUUGCCAUUCUGGACAAGCCUCCAAUGAGGGUUUCAAUAGCUCUUUCAUUCGAUAGCUGACAUCUUCUGUCGUAUUUGAGUUGUGCUACUGAUCGAUUUGGAAGGAUGAGAGUGGCCAAUCUGACCAAGAUGUUGACUACAAUAUUCUCCGAUGUAGACUACCAG